AUGUGGCAGGGACGGGCGAAAAUAAACGGUAUUCUAAUGGGGAAAGCCGUGCGGAUUCUUCGGGAAGAAUUUCCUCGUUUCUCAACGAACGAUUUUCUGGAAAUUUCAGCCAGCUCGCCGGAGCCACGUACGUGCCCUUACUUGGGCAAAUUUACGGUGACGGGGGUGAACCGGAACCAGCGGAACAUCCGUGAAAGCCGGAGGAACCAGCACCAGGACGGCGUCAAGCGUGACAGAGAAAAAGUUCGACACGCCCAGGAACGAACCCAGGAAGAUCGACGCGGCCGGAAGCUCGACUUCGACGUGGAGAAACGCCGAGCGAACAACGAGUACCUCGUCCACGAACGAAUGGGCAGACGCGCCAGAUCGAACCGCAGCAACAGAAAUCACCGCGAUCACAGCGUCGAGGAGGUGCCCGCCAAGCGAACUUUGGACAUCGAGGACCUGCUGCGCGACCAUGCCAGAUCGAAGGUCAGAAGAGGAUCGGAGGACCAGCGAUCGGCCGAGGGCGCAUCGAGGUCGAAGCUCAGACGAGCGCACGAGCUCGCCAAACGUUCGACGGGCGUCCAGCGGCGAACGAACGACAGAUCGAAAAGAAACCCGAAAACGGAGGACUUCCGGGCGGACGCGGACGAUUUCACACGGAUCAGGCAAUUCUGGGCGACCGAUUUCGACGAUUCGGACGGCUCGAGCAUGCUCGAGGUCCAGGAAGAUUAUUUCGGCGACUACCCGGACACCGCUGAUCUGCCAAAGAAGAGAUCGGGCAGAGAAAUGACGAGGACGAGGAGGAACGUCGGAGAGCUGGAUUCCGGCAGAGGUUCGUUCGAGAGGAGAGAGAAAAGGGAGGAAGACGUCUCUAGAUGCAGCUCCGAAGUCACCACAAUAACCAUCGGCUGCUCCACCGCCGAUAGAAUGGAAUUUCAGACGGACUGCGUCGAAGACAACGCGAUCGCUUACUCCUGUCACGGUAAAUGGUUCGACGCGGAGGGCACCCAGUUUGUGAUCGCCACCCAACUGGCGCCUGGCACGAGCUGGUCCAGCGAGAACAACAGGCCCCAACCGUACAGGAACAGUCGAAGAUUGUGCUUCAUGUACAAAGAAAGCGGCGGAGUUGUCAGUUUGACUGCCAGCGAGGUGGCCUGCCAGAGGGGGAUCCCGCCGCCUCCACCGAUGUUGGCCUUCAAUGCUACCAGUACCGGUCAGUGCAUGGAAGAGAACAGGGGCUUUGUUACACGAUCGACGUACCUGAUGAUCGUCAGCCUGACGGCGGUCGUCGCGAUAUACAGGUGAUUCUAAUCGAACGGACGACGAUCUCGCGACCGUUAAAACUCAACCGUUUGUAAUCAGCGUUACUGGACACCGAGUGUAGGUGACAAGACGAGGUGGUACACGUGUAUAAAACAAACAAAAAAAAAAAAAA